AUGUCGAUGAGCCCCAAGCAUACGACUCCUUUUUCUGUAUCCGAUAUCUUAAGUCCUCUUGAGGAGAGCUACAAAAAAGUGAGUAUGGAGGGGAACAACUUGGGGGCACCUCUUGCCUCGUACAGACAACCCCAAGUCACGCAAGCGGCGAUGCAGCAGCACCACAUGGGCCACAAUGGAACAGUAUCCGCUGCCUACCACAUGACUGCAGCUGGAGUUUCCCAGCUGUCACAUACAGCCAUGGGGGGCUACUGUAACGGGAAUUUGGGCAACAUGAGCGACCUGCCGGCCUAUCAAGACGGCAUGAGAGGCACCACCACGGCCACCAGCUGGUACGGAACGAAUCCUGACCCACGCUUCUCCACAAUCUCUCGUUUCAUGGGCUCCUCGUCCGGUAUGAAUAUGGGCAGCAUGAGCACUCUAAGUUCAUUGGCGGAUGUUGGUAAAGGGAUGGGUCCGUUUACCAGCACACCUCGAAGGAAGAGACGAGUGCUCUUCUCCCAAGCACAGGUGUACGAGCUUGAGCGACGAUUCAAGCAGCAGAAGUAUCUCUCUGCGCCGGAGAGGGAGCAUCUGGCCAGUAUGAUUCAUUUGACUCCAACUCAAGUUAAAAUAUGGUUUCAAAACCACCGAUAUAAAAUGAAAAGGCAGGCCAAGGACAAAGUGUCCCAGCAGCAACUGCAACAAGACAGUGGCUCCUGUCAGCAGCAGCAGUCUCCACGGCGGGUGGCUGUGCCAGUUUUGGUGAAAGACGGAAAGCCAUGCCAAGGCAGCAGCCAUACUCCCAACACUGGUGUACAAAACCACCAUCACCAGGGGGGGAACGUCAUGAUUAUGUCCAAUAACAGUUCUUCAAUGGGCCAGCAUCAAAGUCAGCAGGUAGGCAUUGCGGGAGAGUCUCCAGAUCUGGGUCAACACGCUGCGAGCCCCCCAUCUCUCCAAACCCAGGUACCCGGCCUGUCCCACCUGAACUCCUCCGGUUCCGAGUAUGGAGCUGCCUUGCCCUGCUCCGCUCUGCUUUAUGGCAGGACAUGGUGA